AUGAAUGACUGUCACAAAUGUGAAGAUGAAAAAUAUCCAAAUAAAAAUCAGAAUUUAUGUAUUCCCAAGGACACAAGUUUCCUGUCUUACGACGACCCUUUGGGUCUCAUUUUAGCCUCUUUUUCUCUUUCCUUCUCUUUGAUCACAGCUCUGGUGCUGGGAACAUUUAUGAAGCACCAGAACACACCCAUAGUCAUAGCCAGCAAUAGAAUCCUCACUUACACUCUCCCCAUCUCCCUCAUGCUCAGUUUCCUUUGUGCUUUGCUAUUCAUUGGCCAUCCACAAAAACUGAUGUGUCUCCUCAGACAAACUGCAUUUGGCAUCAUCUUCUCAGUGGCUGUUUCAUGUGUGUUGGCAAAAACUGUCACGGUAGUUCUGGCUUUCAUGGCCACCAAACCAGGAUCCAGGAUGAAGAAGUGGGUGAGGAAAGGACUGGCUAACUCCAUUGUUCUUUCCUGCUCCCUUAUCCAAGUUGUAAUCUGCACCAUGUGGCUAGCAACCUCUUCUCCCUAUCCAGAUGUUGACAUGAUGUCAGUGCCUGAAGAAAUUAUACUGCAAUGUAAUGAGGGGUCUGUGUCUCUGUUUUACUGUGUCUUGGGCUACAUAGGUUUUCUGUCAAUUAAUAGUUUCACGAUGGCUUUCCUCGCUAGGAAAUUGCCUUACAGUUUCAAUGAAGCCAAAUUUAUCACCUUCAGCAUGUUGGUCUUUUGCAGUGUUUGGCUUUCCUUUGUCCCAACCUACUUGAGCACGAAGGGAAAAUAUAUGGUGGCUGUGGAGAUUUUUUCUAUCUUAGCCUCCAGUGCGGGGUUAUUGGGUUGCAUCUUUUCCCCAAAAUGUUACAUUAUUUUGCUGAGGCCUGAGCUGAAUGAUAGGGAUCAGCUAAUCAGGAGGAAAUACUAA